GCAGUGAAAACAAGAUGCCGCCCAAACUCAAAAUUUCCCGCCAACAUCACAGGUCCACUUUAAAUUGAUUUCUUCCCAGCCCCUCUUCCGUUCGCCGUCCUCUUUCCAAUAUCCUUCACUGAAUCUCACGAUAAUGGUCUCCGCAACUCUUGCAAGCAACAAACCAAAUCCUAAAACCAAAAAUGUAUACCAUAUCGGCGGAAUCCAAGUGGAAUUUCCGUACCAACCGUAUGGAACGCAGCUCGCUUUCAUGGGAAGGGUCAUUUCCACUCUCGAUCGAGCCCAGAGAGACGGUCAUUGCCAUGCACUGCUCGAGUCACCCACUGGUACUGGGAAAUCCCUCUCGCUUCUUUGCUCCACUCUCUCGUGGCAACAGAACUACAAGAUCAAGCACCAGAAUGCCGAUCUGUCUUUUCAAAAACCCAACCCCGAUGCAAUGACCGAUCCUCUGGCACAUGGCGGUGGAUUUAUUCCGGAGACACAGCCUUCGAGUAUUCCACCUUCUAUAAAUGCAGAGCCACCCCAACCUGCGGAAGCUAACAAAAAUCAAAAGAAAAAGGCUGCACCCAUCAUAUUUUACUCAUCGAGGACGCAUUCACAAAUUUCCCAAGUGAUCCGCGAAUAUAGGAAAACUGCAUAUCGGGUCCCAAUGGCAGUGUUGGCUUCAAGAAAACAUUACUGCACAAAUGCACAUGUACGUGGCAGGGAGAAUAUUGAUGAAGAAUGUAAACUUCUCUUAAGGGAUCAAGAUGCUGGGUGCUCACAAUUCAAAAAUGCAAAUAAAGUCAGAGCUCAUCCAUCACUUCAAAGUGGAGGUUGCCAUGAGGUCCAUGAUAUUGAAGAUCUUGUUAAAGUUGGAAAUGUUGUUAAAGGUUGUUCAUACUAUGCGGCUCGCUCAAUGGCGGAUGAUGCACAGUUAAUUUUCUGCCCAUACAACUAUAUAAUUAAUCCAGUCAUCCGAGGAGCAAUGGAUGUAGACAUUAAAGGAGCCAUUCUUAUUCUUGAUGAAGCUCAUAACAUAGAAGACAUUGCUCGUGAUGCUGGCAGUAUGGACGCUGAAGAAGAUGUUUUACAUAAAUUGCAGAUGGAAUUACAGGAACUUUGUAUGCUCAAGCCCACAAUUUACCAACCACUACAUGAUAUGGCACAGGAUUUGUUGAGUUGGAUGAACCGGAGGAAAAGCACAUUACAGAAGCGUGAAUUUCAGCACUAUUGUUCUUGUUGGACUGGUGAUAAGGCUCUGAGGGAGCUUGAAGACGCUAAUAUUUCACAGCAGUGCUUCCCAAUCUUGCUGGAUUGUGCCACAAAGGCAAUUAAAGCUGCAACAGAUACAGAAUUGGACACAGAUCAUUUAAGUGGCAUGUCAGUGAUAGUGUUGGAAGGUUUAUUCUCUUCACUUACUUAUUUCUUCUCAAGAAACGGUUGUCACGCAUCUGACUAUCAGCUUGCUUUGCAACGAUCUAUUAAAAGAGAUAGAAAAAAUCCUGUUGGUGACUGGACAUAUACUUUAAGUUUAUGGUGCUUGAAUCCAGGUGUUGUUUUUAGAGACAUUGCUAAUAUUUCUUUGUCAGUCAUUUUAACGUCUGGGACUCUAUCACCAAUGAAUUCCUUCUCAUCUGAGCUUGGAGUUCAGUUUGGAACUUGUCUGGAAGCACCGCAUGUGGUUGAUACCGAAUCACAGGUGUGGGCUGCUGUAAUAUCCACUGGUCCUGAUAAUUAUCCACUGAAUGCAAGUUAUAAAACAGCAGAUGAGUAUGCUUUCCAGGAUGCACUUGGAAAAACGUUGGAGGAUAUUUGCAUGAUUGUCCCAGCUGGCUGUCUUGUGUUCUUCCCAAGUUAUAAGCUCAUGGAAAAACUCUGCAAUCGUUGGCGUGAAACUGGUCAAUGGUCUCAACUAAAUGCCAAAAAGUCCUUCUUUGUUGAGCCAAGAGGAGGAAGCCAGGAGGAUGAUUUUGACUCUGUUUUGAAGGGUUAUCAUGAUUCGAUUCAUCAACGUAACAAACAUGCUGUUGGGAGAAAGAGAAGGGUAAAAAAAGUAGACCUCAAUCACUUCAAGGCUAUAGAACCCACAGAAAAUUCUGAAAAAGGGGGAGCUGCGUUUCUUGCUGUUUGCCGGGGAAAGGUUUCAGAAGGAAUGGACUUUUCUGAUGAUAAUGCUCGAGUGGUUAUAGUAGUUGGUAUUCCAUUUCCAAACGUACAUGAUAUUCAAGUCGGUCUAAAGAAGAACUACAACGACAUAUACAAAACAUCAAAAAAACUUCUAAGUGGGAAUGAGUGGUACUGUCACCAAGCCUUCCGAGCUCUGAAUCAAGCUAUAGGACGCUGUAUACGGCAUAGGUUUGACUAUGGAGCCAUCAUCCUAUUAGACGAGCGUUAUAACAAAGAGCAGAAUAAAGUUUACAUUUCAAAGUGGCUAAAGAAAUCUAUUCGCCACUAUGACAGCUAUAACAUGUCAAUGGAGGGAUUACAGACCUUUUUCAGAGAUGUCAAGGACAACAUUUGCAAGAAGAUGGUGGAUCUCUUACCGAAUUCUGACACUAGCGAGGGAAAAAACAUGCCUGCUGGUGAGCAAGUCAAAGGUUGUGCAAAAAACAAAAAGCGGAUGUUGAACAAGUCUGAUCAUUCUGAAGGGAUACCAGUCCAGUUGACAAAAUGUGAUGCAACUUCUCCUGAAGCUAAGUUUCAAGAUGAUGUUGAAGGACAGGCAUCCAUGCAAAUGAACAAGGACGUUGACAGUCAGAGAGAAAUUAUUGAUCUAGAAUGCGACUUUCAGAAAGAUUCAAGUUCAAGGUGCUCUGAGGCAUCUUCCCAGGAAUAUCCAGAAAUAACCAUCGUGAAGGAAACCCCUGGUAUGGGCUGCAAUGGAGCCACAACUAGAUCCAGUUCUUUCUCCAAGGAUGGGAACUCUUGUUUAUCCAUGUUUCAGGCGUCUGUUGAGUUUAUGGAUCAAGUGUCAUCCUGUCCAUUGUCUCCUGCAGAUGCAAGCAAAGCUGUUAGCAAAUCCCAGUGUUUAGUUGUAGAGACUCCCAAAAAAGACUUCACUGAGAACACCUGCAACCUGAUACCGGAAGCAGAGUCAACUCUUAAUUUGAGUGUUAAUUCUCAUACCCAGAAAAAGAGCAAGUCCAUGGGCUGGCCAUUAAUUGACCAUGUUGAAGAAAAAUCUGAUUCUCCCUAUGCUGAAACUCCUGGCUGUGUUAGUUUCAUAAGAAACACAAGCGCUAAUAAAGAUGCAAAUCGCAGGAUUGAAUUUGAUUCUGUGACCAACUCUUUAGAAUGCCAGUCCGCUAAGUUAAAAGCAUCCCAAUCGUUCCCAGUGGGCAAUUGUGCUCCAUCACAUAUCUCUUCUGAUCCUGUCAUGGACCAGAAUUUACGAAUUUCUUGUUCACGCUGCAAUAGCCCCUUGGGUCUUCCUGAAAACCAGUUAUACGUUAGGUGCUCAUUGACUUCAUCAUCAAAAGUUCACUUAAUGUCUCUUGUGAAAGGAAAAUUGGAGCAUUGCUCAGAGAAUGCAUCAACAUGCAUGCCUGUUCUCAUGACUGAUAUCACAUCAGUAGAUCAGCGUCUCUGCAAUAAUACUCUCGAAGAUAAGCCAGGACGAGGGGUUUGGUGUGAAGAAGAUGGGUGUGUUUUCCAUUCUCUUUUUUGCCCCUUCUGCAGUACCUCAAACUGUCUUGGAGUGCAAAUCAUGGCUACUGAUGCAUCAAAUGUUCAAUUACUUAACAAGAUAUUAUUUUAUUUAGAUCAUCUGGAAAUUCAGAAUCUUGAAGCAUCAGUUGACAUGGAAUCGAGGCAAAAGGAUUUCCUAGACAGCCCAAGCAUGGAUAAGAUUGCUGCUUUCAACUCCCUUGAUAGAUUCUUAUAUACCCCGCAGCAGAAUUCCGGAGGUUGGAGGACUACAAGGCCAAAGCUGAGGCUACCAAACAGAGGGCAGGUUUCAAACAGACAAUGUUGAUGCAGGAAAACUCCUUGUACAUUGCACAUGGCAGCUCAGAUACAUAAUUUUGCCAUAUUUUUGUCUUCACUUACAGAGGUAAUUAAAUGGGGUCAGGUCCGCCUUCUCGCAGUUGCAUGUGACAGUGAACAUGGGUCAUUGUAAAUUAGAAAGAGUAACUAGCUUCCACAACAACCAGAUUCUGCGUUCACUUCACUGCUGUGUUUGAUUGUAUAGGUCAUACAUGUUGAGCACUGACUGCAGGCAUUGAUAUUCAACCGAGGAAGGUUACUUCACUGUCCUCACUCCAGUGAUUGAGAUUUUGCAUUUUUGGACAUUGUUUAUAUAUUUAGUGUUUGGGAUUUUGUUAACUCCUGAUGAAUGGUCCUUCGGUUUUCUUGUUUGGUGAUUGAUGAAUGAUGAUACUGGCAGAGCUUGCUCUUUCUUUCUACUCGUAAAUUGAACAAUGAACUGUAUUGUUUUCUUUGCUACCUCUAAAGACUGUUGAGUUAUAAAACUAAAACGCAAGUUCCUCAA